UGUGGAUUGAAAAAGAUGAUCCAGCCCAGACCAUGUUUGCGGUCUCGGUAUGGUUUAGCGUGCCACUGGGUUAUUGCAACUGCCCGCCCCGGUUACUGACACGCCCGGCGCAUUACACAGGAACGAACGCAUUUGCAAAAUGCACAUUUGAUGCAGAGUCAGGUCUACAGUACCGUACAUAUCACACAACCAGAAUCUCAGAUGAGGAACGAUGCCGAGUCAGGGUUGAGGAUACGAAACCCGGGUCAACCGCAGCGAGCGACAGCCGAGCUGAGCUGCAAAAGCUAUGCUUCCUCUUUGGUAUACGCACAGAGGGGGGGAUACCACGAGACGAAGGAGGUUGAGUGAGCUUAAUCGCACUCGUCAUCUGCAUUGUCUAUCGCGAGGCAGUCUCCCGUAGAAGAUCGGGAGUGUUACCUCAUCUACCCACCUACAGUGCAGAGGAAGUGAUUAUGUCAUUAGGACUCAUUCCUUGGAAGUUACCUGCUAGAACUGUACAUGAAGUCUCCUA